AUGGAGCAAUUGACAAAAUUGCAUAGACAACUCGGUGCCCUCAAGCGCAAGUUGGCGGACACUAUGAAGCCAUUUAACCAACCUGCAACCGACAUGUCGGUGGGGGCCUGGGAGCCUCGUUUGCAGUUCAUCAGAGGUCUCAGGGAAGACGCAAAGGUGUUAGAGAAUGCUGCUUAUGAACUCGCUACUGAUGACCAGGAAUUUGAUAAAGAAGUGGAGAGAUUUGCCAAUUUUGAGCAAAUACUUUUGGAAGCAGAAGUGAAAAUCUCGAAGCUGAAGAUUCCUGCGGAGGAAAAGCCACCAAUGAUUCCCGGGAGUAGUGAGAGGGGUUCCAGACUACCGACAAUCUCUUUGAAAACGUUCAGUGGCCGGCACGAGGAUUGGAAUGCGUUUUUCGCGCAGUUCACUUCAAUGAUACACAAUCAGAAAGACUUGUCGGCUGUGGACAAAUUCUACUACUUGGUGUCAUACUUGUCUGGUGAGGCUUUUCAAGUGGUUAAAGAAUUAGAAAUCGUUGAAUCCAAUUACGAAAUCGCUUUGGAGCUGCUGAAGAAUGCUUAUGAAGAUAAGAGGCUAAUCAUUCGUAAGUACAUUAACCAACUAUUGAAUUUGAAGCCUAUCGUGACUGAAUCUGCCGCUGAGUUGCGUGCUUUGUGCAAUGUCGUGAAUCAAUUUGUCAGUGUUUUGAAGAAAAUGGGUCUUCAUAUCGAUAAAUGGAACGGGAUUUUGGUCUGUUUGGUGGAGACGAAACUGGACAAGGUGUCUAGGCGAGAUUGGGAAGAAACUAUCAGUGCAAAUAAAGAAUUUCCCACCUUUGAGGAGCUCAAUACUUUCCUGACUCGCCGCUCUAAGAUGCUCAGGUCACUGUCAAAUUCAACAGCUUCUACACCAAAACAGACUGAGGAGAAAAGAGGAUCUCAGGGUUUCACAAAGAGGAAGACGUUGGUUGUCAGUGGUGAAGACACCCAAGUGUCAUGCAAACUUUGCAAUGAGACAGGUCAUAGACUUCGACAAUGUGAAGCUUUCCAGAGAUUGGGCAUUGAAGAAAGAAUCAACAAGGCAAGAGAAUUGUCUCUUUGUCUCAACUGCUUGGGCCCUGGAAAUCACACAUCACGACAGUGCAAAUUCGGGAAGUGCAGGAAGUGUGGUAAGUCACAUAAUACACUAUUACAUAGAAUUACCGAUACACCCUCUUCUGAUGCACUUGCUGGAAAUUCAGUAGACAAUUCCGGUGCAGCUUCAAAUCAAACAGCUGUCAAUGGUACUGGUAAUGCAUUACCCGCAUCCCGCCGACAGGGGGAUGCGCAAGUCAUGCUUGCUACAGCUGUUGUUUAUGUUUUCGAUAGAUUUGGUAAAAAACAAAUGUGUCGUGUCGGAUUGGAUUCUUAUGGGCAAUCAAACUUUAUCACAGAGAAUUUGUGCCAAAAAUUACAAUUGCAGAAGUCCACAUGCAAUAUUUCAAUUUCGGGAAUUGGUGAUUCUUCCCUAUUUUUCCGACACUCUGCAAAUGUGACUAUUAAGUCCCGAUACAGUGGUGCAGAAUUGAACAUGAAUGCUCUCGUGAUCCCAGUAAUCACUGACAACCUUCCGAGUGCUCUUUUUGACCCUGCAAAGCUGAAAUUGCCACCUUAUGUGCAAUUGGCUGAUCCAGAAUUUUAUGUUCCGAAAAAAAUCGAUAUGCUCGUUGGUGCCGAGUUCUUUUUCCAGAUUCUCAUUCCUGGGCAGAUGAUAGCUACACCAAACCUUCCGACAUUGCAAAACACUAUCUAUGGCUGGGUUCUAUCAGGAAGUUUGGAUCUCUCUGAAGAGACCCAAGAGCAAAAUCAAGCAUCCACAUCUGCUGUCAUCUGCAACCUUUCGGUAGAAGAGAAUCUGAGUGAUCAAUUGACAAAAUUCUGGGAAAUCGAGCAACCAACUCCUCCGGAACAGACAUUAACUCAAGAAGAGUACAUCUGUGAGCAGCAUUUCGUUACUAACACCAAGAGAGAUGAGACUGGCCAGUUUGUGGUACGACUUCCUCUAAAGAAAGAGACAAGCGAUUUGGGGACUUCAUAUCAAGGAGCUCUUAGACGAUUUUUGUCCCUAGAAAGACGACUGGAGAAUAAUCCAGAAGUGAAAGCAAAAUAUCAUGACUUCAUGGCAGAGUAUUUGGCACUUGGCCACAUGAAUGAAGUUGGCCCAGAUCAGAUAAUGUAUCAGCCGAGCUAUUUCCUGCCACAUCACUGUGUCUUCAAUGAAAAUAGUACCACAACACGCCUAAGAGUGGUUUUUGACGCCAGUCACAAGACAUCAUCAGGCAAAUCUCUCAAUGAUAUUCUGUGUGUGGGCGCACAGACCCAGCCUGAGUUGAUGACAAUUCUAUUGAACUUUCGCAUGGGCGAAUAUGCCAUUUCUGCUGACAUUCGACGAAUGUACAGGAUGGUGAAAGUGGACAAUCGAGACAUUGGGUUGCAACAGAUCCUGUGGAGAUUUGAUCAGGAUCAAGCUGUAAGUACUUAUGCCUUAAAUACUGUAACAUAUGGUACCGCUUGCGCCCCCUUUCUAGCCACGCGCUGUCUCUUGGAACUGGCCAAUAUUGGGGCCUCCACUUUUCCACUGGCAUCCAAAGCAACCCGGGAGAAUUUUUACAUGGACGACUUGCUAGUAUCCGUCUCCACUCCCGACAAAGCCGAAGAAUUGUUAAAACAAUUGAUAAAUUUGCUACAUUCAGCAAAUUUUCAAUUGCACAAGUGGCACACCAAUCACACACCGCUAUUGGACACAAUCAAGACUGCUCAACAAACCAGUGAACCUCCACAGAUCUCAGAAGUUACUCAUGCCCUAGGCAUUGAAUGGAGACCACAGACUGAUGAAUUUACUGUCAAAGUUCCCGACAUCGAUCCAGAGAGUGCCAUCACUCGGAGAAGUAUCCUAUCUGACACAGCAAAAUUAUUCGAUCCUUUGGGUCUCAUUAGCCCAGUGGUCGUGCGUGCCAAGAUGUUCAUGCAGGAUUUAUGCCGAGUCAAGAUGAGUUGGGACGAGCCAGUGGAUGCUGAACAGUGCCGCCUUUGGCAGAAAUAUCGGCAAGAACUCUUGACAAUCAAUUCUCUCAAAUAUCCUCGAUGGGUAAUAGGCCACAAUGGCACUGGAAAGAUUCAAAUUCAUGGGUUCUGUGAUGCUUCCUUGAGAGCAAUGGGAUGUGUCAUUUACAUUAGAUUCGAGACUGAUGAAGGAGAAAUAUUUGUGCAGCUUUUGUGUGCAAAAUCAAGAGUCACACCUUUGAAAAAAGGAACUUAUACAAUUCCCCGUCUGGAAUUGUGUGCGGCUGAGUUACUGGCCAAGGUAUCUAAUAGAGUUCAAACAGAUUUGAGGCUGAAGGAGGUUGAGAUGUUUCUGUGGUCCGAUUCUACUAUUACCCUCUCAUGGAUUUCUCAAGACAGUGCUCAAUUUAAAAUAUUUGUUGCAAGGAGAAUUCAUAGGAUCCAGUCUCUUACCAAAGAUGCAACAUGGCAACACGUCUGUUCAAAAGACAACCCAACUGAUAUAGUAUCACGAGGUGCCACAGUUCGAGACCUAAAGGCUUCAUCUUUAUGGUUCAAAGGUCCGGCUUGGCUCUCAAGCCCUCAGAAGGAAUGGCCAACUUCCAAUGCUGUUCGUGAUAGUGAAGUUAGAAAUUAUUACGUGCGCUAA